CUACAAAGUUCAUCAAGGAGAAGAUAGAUGAAGUCCGCAAACAUAGCAAAAAUGGCAAGAAACACGAGGGUCUCCUUGCUGAUAUAUUACAUAAGGGAAACUUAGAUGAAGCCGGGCUUAUUGGCUCAAUGGUUGACCUCAUGGGCGGCGCAGUAGACACAACUUCGACUAGUGCUCAAUGGAUUAUGUACAUGUUGGCUCGAAAUCCUCAUGUCCAGGAGAAACUUUACAGAGAAGUGAAAAAUUUGAACCCUGGCAAUGACGUCUCUAAUUACAUGCAACAUAUUCCGUAUAUGAGAGCUGUAGUGAAAGAGACAUUGAGGUUGUAUCCUGUGGCUGCAUUGGUUAGUAGAUUUACCCCUGACAACAUCACAAUUAGAGGCUAUAAUAUACCAAAAGGAAAACUUGUCAAUGUUUGUUUAUAUUCUAUGGGGCGUAACGAGGCUAUCUUUGAGGAUGCAUUGGAGUUCAAACCCGAGCGUUGGUUGCGAGCUGGCAGUAACAAAGCUCCAUAUAGCCCAUUUGCUUCAAUUCCGUUUGGGUAUGGAGUGCGCAUGUGUGUAGGACGGCGAGUAGCUGAACUCGAGAUGUACCUCAUUAUAACAAGGGUUCUGCAAAGAUUCCGAAUAAAGCCUUUUAAUGAUAUCCCAAUCGAUGAUAAAAUGGCUAUCGUUCUUUCACCGGAAAAACCAAUACAACUGAGAUUCCUAGAUAGGACGGAAGGCCGGAAUAAACAUUAUUCCACGGUCACCUGGUGAUUCGUCUGACCGGAGCUAAGACUAGAUUAAACUAUAUAUACUGACGACCUAAUCACAGUGACGGAUCCAGAAAUUAACAGUAGGGGGGCGCAACUUUUGAGUCUGGAAAAAAUUCUGAAAAAAUUUAGGGCCCUAAAACCCAAAAUUUUGAAAAGUU